ACGCAGCCCUGUUGUUCACAUGCGAAUAUCCCCUUCAUUGGCUAGAAUGUCUGCAAAGGCGGAAGGCAGGCGGGAUGAGGCGUUGUUGUUAGAGCUUUUUCGAGUCGAACAGUCUCAGUAUAGAAUAAAACAAAUCCGAAGUCUUAGCCUUUAAGAUUACGAUCUGAAUAUGGAUACGAAAGAAGAGCCUGUUGGAAAACGGUCGAGUACGGAUCAACGGAAGGUGCGUUCCCGGGAUGCGGCGCGCUGCAGGCGGAGUCAGGAGACUGAGCUGUUCUACGAGCUGGCCCACACCCUGCCCCUCCCCCGCAGAGUCUCCGCCGACCUGGACAAGGCCGCCAUCAUGAGGGUGACGCUCAGCUUCCUUCGCAUGCACCACCUCCGCUCAGGGGAUACGAGUGAGGAGCACGUCACAGAUGGGGCUGAGGACACAAUGGAUGCGUUCUACCCCCAGGCGUUGGCAGGCUUCAUCAUGGUGAUGACCGAGGAGGGGGAUAUGAUCUACCUGGGUGACAGCGUCAGCAAACACCUGGGCAUCCCACAGCUGGAGUUGCUGGGCCAGAGUGUGUAUGACUUUGUCCACCCAUGUGACCAAGAGGAGCUACGGGAUCUCCUGGCGCCUAGGCCAGGUGUGUCCAAGAAGAAACCAGCGCAGCAACACACAGAGAUUAACAUCUUCCUUAGGAUGAAGACCACUCUGACUAGUAGAGGGCGCACUGUCAACAUAAAGUCUGCCACCUGGAAGGUGCUGCACUGUACAGGCCAGAUGCGUGUGUGCUGCAGUGAUGAGGAUUCAUCACCCCCUGCAGGCAGCUUCAUGACUGUGCUGUGUGAGCCCAUCCCCCACCCGUCUAGUGUGGAGUUCCCCCUGGACCGGAGCACCUUCCUCACCCGACACAGCAUGGACCUGCGCUUCACACACUGCGAGGGCAGGGUGGCAGAGCUAGUGGGAUACGAGCCAGAAGAUCUGAUUGGCAAAUCUGCCUACGGAUUCCAUCAUGCCCUGGACUCGGAUCAUGUGACCAAGAGCCUGCACAUCCUUAUGUCCAAAGGCCAGGUGUGCACCAGCCAAUACCGUUUCCUGACUAAGAGUGGGGGCUUCGUGUGGGCAGAGACCCAGGCUACAGUCAUCUACAACAACAAGACCUCCCAACCAGAGGCUGUGGUCUGUCUUAACUUUAUCCUCAGUGUGGUGGAGCAGGCAGAUGUGGUGUUCUCAGUAGAUCAGACUGGCUGUGGGCUGAAGAGUGAUCCUGUCUCUGAGGCCUCAGAGGAGACCUUGUGUGACAGUGACAACAGGAAGAACAGUGACGACAGCAGCUGUGUUGAGCUCUUCCUCCAGCUGAAGGAGAACCCUGAGGACCUCCUCCAACUGGCCCCUGUCUCAGGAGACCCCAUCGUACCCCUCACAGACAUUGCGGAGCUGUCGUUCAGCCUUCCAUCAAGCCCUGACUCCGUACCAGAUUUCCCUCAAGAGCUGUGCACCCCUGAGUUAUGGACGCUCCUCUCACCCAUAUUCGGCAAGCUCACCUCAUCAUCACCAGCACUGAUCCCCAUCGAGGAGCUGCCAAUAGAGGAUGAGGUGGAGAAGUUCUUUGCCGUUUGUCCAGAUGAGAGCGUGCAGAAGGAAGACCAGCCUGAGGACGUGGAAGUGAUUGAUCUGGACAUGCUGGCGCCGUAUAUCUCCAUGGAUGAUGAUUUCCAGCUCAGCGUCCAGCUCCCUGAGACCUCUGAGAGCCCCUCCCCAGAGCCCCCCACUGCUACCAGGAAACGGAGUCAUGAGCAGGAUGAAGACAUGCCCUCCCAGCUGAUGAGUCAGGACAAGAGACAGAGACACUCGGUGUCCCCCAUCAAGCAGGAACUGCUUCUCCGCUACACCCUGCUGGACUGCCUGGAGGAUGCAGACAGCCCAGAGAUGGAGCUGGGGCCACGCCCCUGCAGGCGGAGCCAACUGCUGACGGACAGGGACCCCAUCCUCGGGGAAGCCCAGGGACAAUGUGACACUGCAGCCUUGAUGAGGGACCUCUUCUUGUCCCGCCCACCUGACCCCCUGACCUCCUCUCUGACUUGAGGAAGCAGCUGCCAAUCUUCCCCUGCCAGCUGGGGCGUGCUGAGAUAACGGAGCCUCAACAGGAUUCACACACUCCCCAACCAGACGCGUCAUUCUCUCUGCCAGCACCUCCAACUCAGAGACUUCCUCACGCUUGCCAGCCAUGUCAACAACAACAGCCUGCUAUGGUUUUCCUCCUUUUCUCUCUGAACCACUCUUGCAUGUCUCAUGGAGUAGGUGGCAGUACUAGGUUCAGCCCCCCCCUCUUUUCUCAUUCAGGGUUGAUUUAAAGUGUUCUCCUCAGUUCUUGUGAAUACUUGUAGACUUUAGUCUAAACACUACACUUGACCCAAUGGUGCUUCCGAGGUCAGAACAGACUCAAAAAAACACACACACAAAUCAAGCCUAAGACACAUACGUCCAGUAUGUCUGACAAAGUGGUGUUUUAGAAACAGUGAUGGCCCUUCAGUUGGUCUACUGUUCUUUAGUACGUUAUGUGGACCUGGCAGUCUGGACAGGACAUUUACCUUUAUUAUUAUGAUAUUAUUAUUUUGUAACAAACGCACAACGGUUAUAGUAUAUUCCAAUAAUACCUCAGAAUGAUCGCCAGUGGCAUAUAUGGGUCAUUUUUAUAAGAAAGGAUCAAAUUAAUUACUAACAACACAAGCCUUUGCUAUUAAGCAGUUGGACGCAGGACUCAGGCAGUUGUGUUACCUCAAAAGAUAAUCUGUAUGUCACAUACUCCUCGACUGUCAUACAAGGGCUCUUUGACUGCCAUCUUUUUACCUAGUCUUUUUAUAUACUUUACAUGCUAGACUUUAGAAAAAUAUGAUGUAUUAAAUGAAUGUUUUGUAUGCUCGCUUAUGGAAUACUAUUCUAUAAGCCGCAAUGUUUUUGUUGCUUUUAUCAUGUAUUUCUAGGUGGUGCAAGAUGAUCAUCUUGUCAUAUUCAAUCAGUAAUUAUUUCUUUUCGGUUUAUGGUUGCUAUUUUGCAAAUCCAGUGGACACAUAAGACUUAUUUUAGUUGCAUGAUUAUAAGAUUAUUGCAUUUGCAAUAAUUGAAUGAUCCUAUGGUGGCUUUUGUGGCAUUAGAUUAAUCUCCAUAGAUUCAUCGGAAUGUAUUAGUUCCAUUUAUAAAUUUGCCUUUUAUCAUAUAACUUUAAUUUUCAAGGACUAGUGUUUGUCUGUACUGUUUUGCAUUGUAUGUAUUAUUGACUGAAUAAACUGAUAUAGACAUAAA